GGUGGGGAGGGACGUGCGCGCGGCCGUCCGGCUGCCCAGGCGGCGCUCCGGGCUCUGAGCUCGGUUUCCCCGCCCAGACCGCGGCGGGGUCGGUCCCGGACAACGUCUGGGUGCCCCGGGGCCGGGCAGCCCCCAAACGCAGCGAGGUGGGCGGGGCCUCUGCCCUCCGGCCGCCCGCCCCCGCCCCGUCCCCUCGGAGCCGCGGCUGCAGGCCCCGCCCGCCGCCCACGAGGAAGUAGCUGCGGGUCCCGGAGCCGGCUCGGCGCGUCGACUGCCCAGAGUCCGCGGCCGGGAGCCCCGAGGAGCUGAGAAGCCAUGGCCUACCACAGCUUCCUGAUGGAGCCCAUCAGCUGCCACGCCUGGAACAAGGACCGCACACAGAUUGCCAUCUGCCCCAACAACCAUGAAGUGCACAUCUAUGAGAAGAGUGGAGCCAAGUGGGUCAAGGUGCAUGAGCUCAAAGAGCACAACGGGCAGGUGACAGGCAUUGACUGGGCCCCUGAGAGUAACCGCAUUGUGACCUGCGGCACAGACCGCAACGCCUACGUGUGGACACUGAAGGGCCGCACGUGGAAGCCCACCCUCGUCAUCCUGCGGAUCAACCGGGCCGCUCGCUGUGUGCGCUGGGCCCCCAACGAGAACAAGUUCGCUGUGGGCAGCGGCUCCCGGGUCAUCUCCAUCUGCUAUUUCGAACAGGAAAAUGACUGGUGGGUGUGCAAGCACAUCAAGAAGCCCAUUCGCUCCACCGUCCUCAGCCUGGACUGGCACCCCAACAACGUGCUCCUGGCCGCAGGCUCCUGCGACUUCAAGUGCCGGAUAUUCUCAGCCUACAUAAAGGAAGUGGAGGAGCGACCAGCACCCACCCCUUGGGGCUCCAAGAUGCCCUUUGGGGAGCUGAUGUUUGAGUCCAGCAGUAGCUGCGGCUGGGUGCACGGUGUCUGCUUUUCAGCCAGUGGCAGCCGCGUGGCCUGGGUCAGCCACGACAGCACGGUGUGCCUGGCUGAUGCCGACAAGAAGAUGGCAGUCACAACACUGGCCUCUGAAACGCUGCCACUGCUGGCCGUGACCUUCAUCACAGAAAACAGUCUGGUGGCUGCGGGCCACGACUGCUUUCCGGUGCUUUUUACCUACGACGGCGCCGCGGGGACGCUGAGCUUCGGUGGGCGGCUGGACGUGCCCAAACAAAACUCUCAGCGCGGCUUGACAGCCCGCGAGCGCUUCCAGAACCUCGACAAGAAGGCGAGCUCCGAGGGCGGCGUGGCUGGCGGCACGGGCUUAGACUCGCUGCACAAGAACAGCGUCAGCCAGAUCUCGGUGCUCAGUGGGGGUAAGGCCAAGUGCUCACAGUUCUGCACUACUGGCAUGGACGGUGGCAUGAGCAUCUGGGAUGUGAAGAGCUUGGAAUCAGCCUUGAAGGACCUCAAGAUCAAAUGACCUGUGAGGAGAAUGUUGGCCUCAUCCCAGCUGCUGGGGGAGGGUCAGGAAGCUAAGGCUCGCUUUGCUGCGUAUUUCUAGAGUACCCAUAGGGGAAAGGGAGGGGAGGGGGUUGGGAGCUUUUCUUACCUAUUUGAAGGAACAUGUGCCUUUUUCUUAAACAAAUACUUUCAUUUAUUGUAAAAAAGGUCCCCAAAGCACUCUGCUGGUCAUGAACUGCUUCAAAACGUGGAGGUAAUAAAAAUACAAUUGUAGA